AUGUCGGACGCAGACCAAGAGUACAAGCCCAAGAUUCGCCCGCAGUCGACUAUGGCUCAGGCUUUCUCUACCGCACUGGAUUCCGCGUUUUCUUUGGAUUCCGAAGUUGAUCAUCUUUCACAAACUAUUGAUCAGAAGAAAUUUCAGAUGAUUAUCCAGAACCGAGAAUUAGAGGAGUUGCAGGCUCGAAUCCGCGAGGCUGAGGAGCGGCUGAAAUCACGGGGAUCAGUCCUCUUGGAGAGGAAGCCGUCUGAUGCACAUGGAGAUGGUGGAUAUCAAUCCACAGAAUCAGCGUCCUCGGCAACAUCCCCGACGGACACCACUGGCCAAUACCCCAGGGGCGGCCAGUACCCUAGCGGCGACGAGCACCGACGGCCAGGCGACAACCGGCAGCAGGGACGCGAUUCCUGA